AUGGACGCGAAUGGGAGAGCCGCAGCUCGUACCGCGGCCAGCGACUACGUUGUGACAGAGUCCCCUUUGGGGACUGCGCGAAAACUCCGUGUGUUGAUGGUUGGUGCUGGAGCCAGUGGCCUGAACCUGGCACGGCACAUGGACUUGCAUAUGGAAAACUUCGAGUUGACGAUCUAUGAGAAGAACUCAGAUGUUGGAGGGACCUGGUUUGAAAACAGUUACUCUGAGUGGAAUGAGAUCCUGGAGUACUUCAGGGGCAUCGCACACAAAUACGAGCUCUAUAAGUACAUCAAACUCAGCCAUAAGUUGACUUCUGCCGGUUGGAACGAGGCAUCUGGAGUUUGGAACGUGGAGUGUCUAGACCUUAGUACGGGAAACACGGUUCACGAUUGGAGCCAUGUCCUAAUCAACGGCACUGGAGUCUUGAACAAUUGGAAGUGGCCCGACAUACCGGGCCUUCAUUCUUUCAAGGGCGACCUCUUUCACAGUGCAACCUGGGACCCUGAAUGCCAGGUUGCUAAGAAGACAGUGGCUGUUCUGGGUACUGGAUCUUCAGGUAUCCAAAUUGUCGCAACGCUGCAACCUCUUACGGAAGAGCAGAAGACCAACUUCAAAGAAAACCCAGACGCCUACAUGAAGUACCGUAAGGAGAUUGAGGGAGAACUGAACUCCAGGUUCCGUUUUGUCAUCGCAGACAGCGCCGAUCAGAAGGAAGCCAGAGAAUAUUCGAGCAAUGAAAUGAGAGUCAAGCUCAAGAACGAAGACAUUCUCAACUACCUCAUGCCCAAGAAUUUUGCGGUCGGGUGCCGUCGUCCCACGCCUGGAAACGGGUAUCUCGAAGCUCUCACGAAGGAUAACGUGCGUGUAGUGACGAACGAUGUUGAGAAAAUUGUCCCCAAUGGUAUUCGGCUGACGAACGGCGAGAUCAUACCAGUUGACACUUUGAUCUGUGCCACUGGGUUUGACCUUUCCUUCUGUCCGCGCUUCAAGCUGAUCGGCAGAGAUGGCGAAACCAUCGAUGAGAAGUGGAAAGAUGUCCCUGAGGCUUAUCUCUCCGUUGCUGUCCCUGGAUUCCCAAACUACUUUAGUGAGCCUUCCGUGCCCAUUGGCGGUUUAGUCAUAUCUGACUGA